GAGCUGUUUGUGUUUCUGUAGAUAAAAGAAAUGGGAAAUUCAUCCCCAGGUGCUUUAAGGAGGAGUGAGGAGAAGAUAAGUAGCAGAUGUGGAGCUGCUGGAGCGUCCACUAUGGACACAACACCUGACCAGAGACAGAAGUGUUUCAGGGACAUUUUGGACCUCGUUCUUCAUCUGAGUGAUGAGGAAUGGAAAGCCGUUAGCAGGGACAUGGAGAAGGAGGUCACAAGGUUGGAUUUUGCAUCUGGAUGCACUAAAAUCGUAACCACGGUGUCAUCUGCUGUCGUGCGCCAUUUACUAACACUUCUCAGUGAAAGCUUUGGUAUCGAAGCGAUUCUUGAGGCAAACGACAAACUGAAGUCGAACUGGAGCAAGAGCUCUGCCUCAGACGUCUCAGCUCCAAGAUCCCCUACAGAGGUGUCUGAUUUCAUCUGUGAUCUCUCUCAGAGAAUCGUCACAGAAAUUAAAGGUGCGAUGCUGGAGGCAAUCCAGAGUACGGCAUCACAGAGGGCUUCAUCACCUGCAGGAGAUCCAAUCUUGCAUCUAGAUGAUCUCAGCAUUGCAUGUACUAAUGAAAUCUGUGAAAAGAUCUUGGCCCUGUAUCAAUCUGAAGUGUACGUGACACCUGAAGGAGAGAAAACACCUGAAACAUCUCUAAAAUCCCACCAGGAGGUCCAUGGGGUAAUGAAGGGCUUGGAAGAAGUCGUCUCCAUCAGCAGGUCCUCUUCAUGGUGUACGGUAUCCUCAACCUCUGACUCAAUCUCUACCAUGCCUGAAGUGAUGACACCUGACUUUGCUUCAUCAGCUCCUCAGGCUGAGAGACCUUUCAUUGAUCAGUUAAUGAGCAAAGCCUCACAAGCAAUCAUUGAAGUUCUUCUGAAAACAGAGCAAAAGCUUGCCGCCUCAAUGUUACCCCAAACCUCUGUCCCCGCCUCCAGUGAGGCAGAUCUGAAAUUCCUGAAGGAGCUGUUCAAGAGCACAGCCACGGAAAUUCUGCAGAAAUUAUUUUUUAUACUAGUACAGUCACUGCGUGAACAUUUGUCAGGUGUGAGCAGCAGCAAUGCUGACCAAUCUGGACCAGAAGAUGAGCAGAAGUUCCUCUCUGUUGCUCAGAUGCUUCACACAGACAUCCUGAAGAAGGUGUUUACAUUCAUCUGUGACCGGCUGCAAGCCAUUUCAGAGAAAAGCAGGUCACCCGUAGAUGUCUGCCCACUAAGUGAGGACACCACUAAGGUUGAGACAGAUAUCCUGUUGAAGACUUUAUCUUCACACAUUCCUACAGAUUUAACCAGUGUAAAAAGCCUGGGGUCCACUACAGUGUCAUCACCGAGGGAGUCAGUUGAUCUGGAUGAAGUUGCAUCUGAUAUUGUAAACAAGUUGAUCAGAGAAGCUGCUGUGGACAUCAGAAUAACCGCAACGAAAAACCUACCAGCAGCUCAGCUGAGUGACGCUGACGCUCACUCAUCUUCCUCCUCAAAGAGCUCCUCAGGCAUUUCCUCAGAACUCCAAAGUCUUUCUGGACUUGAAGAUCAAAAGCCUGUGCAGCAGUUUACAGAUGCAGAGACGAGGCCUUCAGUCCAGAACAGUCCGUACGUUUCUCAGCAUUUUUUCACUGUUGUGCGAGAUCGCCUGAAGGCUUUCUUUACAACCGUCGCUAAAGGUGCUGAUGAUGAUGAAGAAGGGGAAGAUGAAGAUCCUGUCCUUCCCAACUACAUCAGUGAGGACGGCUCGGUUCACAAGCUAACAAAGCUGGACGUAGGCUAG